UAACAAAGUGAUAAACAAGACCAUUAGUGCAUGAACACAGAGAGACAAUUUACGAUUCAAUGCACAGUUAUGAAGUGUCAGGUGUUUAAAACUCUCUUUUUGCUUGACUUACUACGGAACAAAAAGUAGACAAUAUGUUAAUACAUAUAGGAGGUAUAAAUAACACUGCACAAAACAACCAGGAAGCAGAAAAAAUAAAUUAUCGUCGGUAAAUCGCCUUAUUUUCAUUUCAUUCAAACCUGUUAAAGCAGAGAAGAAGAGAGUGAGUAAUAAGUAGGUAAUAUAAGUAACACAAACUCUUUAUUAGAUACGUUGAAGAUUCGUGUGGAAUAACGUCCUUUCUUUAUGUUGGAUUGGAAUUAAACUUUUGGUACUCUUCGUAAAAGAUUUUAUGGCAAUGGAAUGUUCUCUUUACAUUUCUGAUCUUAUGGAUCAUCUUGGUUAUAGUUAUGAUAUGAUAAGAUACAGGCAGCAGACGUACAGUUACUACGACAGGCUUGCACGUUCUUCUAUUCAUACCCGUGUUACAACCGGCGGCAAAGGCGAGGGGACUAAUUUCUAUUACGAAAGUGAUAUCGACUAUAUCCAUAUUGUGAAAGACGCUCUCUGCGCACAAAAGCCCAAAAAGCUCAUCCAUAAAAAGAAUAUAUCAUUGUUUAAAGUGGACAUGCAAGCAACACCACCCGGAUAUACAAAGUUAAAACUUAUAAAGUGUGAUGCAGAAUCAUAUAGAACUUCAAUAAUGGCAUCACUGACACUAGACAACGGCGAAAGAUACCUAUCAAGUGAUUUGUUCACGCAUGAGAUCAGAAAGUAUGUACAUGAAUGGUGCCUGAGAAAUGAGAUCAAAACUCACCCCGCUCGUGGUCCAUCCACACCAACAUCGUUAGGAAACUUGAACAUUGACAACGUCAGAUGUUUCAGGUGUUUGUAUCAUAAGCAUUUACAAGCAUGGGCAUCUAGACGACGGCCUCGAGGAUGGCCUUCACGAGAACACGUGCAUGAUAUAUGCGAUAUUGAUGGCCACAUUGUUCCUGUAGGAUUUAAAGGAUCGCCAACCCAAUAUCUUGAAUGGAGAAUUUGUUACACAUCUGCAGAACUUUAUUUGAUGAAAAUCUUGAAUGAAACACAGUUAAAGGUUUACAUAAUCCUAAAGAAUAUAUCAAAAUCUGUUUUAAAACCUAUUUCAGACGACAUUACCUCUUAUAUAAUGAAAAAUAUCUUUUUAUGGCAAUGCGAAACAUUGGGCAUAGAUAUGUUUGCUAAACACACCUUAACGGCAAGAACUGAGGAUUGUCUUAGAUAUCUGAAACGGUCAGUGGAGAACAAUUGCCUUCCUAGUUAUAUGAUACCUGAACGAAAUCUGCUAGCUGGAAAACUAAACAUAAAUCAAAGAAGACAACUAAUAAGUUUAAUCAAUGAUUCACUGGAACUAGGAAAUAUUAUCCCGUUAAGUGACAUGUUACGUGCUGGCGUGAGUGUUAUGUUUGAUGCACCAGAUGUUUUGAAAGAGUUCGGUAGGAAAAGAAAGAGGGUUGAGAUGCUUGUAUUAAUGAAGAAACGGAUUAUUUUGGAAAUGCAAAAAACACAUGAAACGGAAACCGAGACUGAACAAAUACUAAUUCUAUCCAAAAAUAAAGAUUAUCUUGAUACUGUUAAAGAAAUUGAAAUGCUUAUUAAUUUUGACUCUAGUGCUUUGAAACAGGAGGGAAAAUUUUGUCUGGAAGUCAUUGCUGCUUUGGAGGGGAGGCUGACAAAGCUGCUUUCAUAAUUCGAUAUUGUAAUAUUUUAUACAUGAAUAUAGAGCAUGGAAUCUGUGUUUAUUGCUUUGGAAAAGCUUUGUUUGCUGCUAAGUUUUUUUCUUGUUACAAGUACGGGAAUAUUAUCACGAAUAUGUUGCAGAGAUAUACAACUCUAACAUUGUGUUGCUAUACUUGCAGAGGAUCUUUUUAAAUAUUGUCUUCGAAAUAUGUAAUGAUAUGAUAUAAUUGAACACACACACACACACAUACACACGCGCACACACACACACACACACACACACACACACACACACACACACACA